GAGAGUUAACAAGCAUAAGCAACCAAACAUCUGCGUUACAACUCGCUGAGUUCUGAGAGAUCUCACGGUCUCGACAUACACACCAAGAACAACACGAAUUGGAGAAAUGGGGUUGGGAUUGCUGGCUUCGAGAGUCUUAAGACCCUCAGCUUCUAGGCUCCUCAACUCCCACCAAAACGGUCUCUUCUUCCUCAGCAGGGCCGUAUUCUCCACACCCGAGCUCCAGAACGCGGACCAAUCGGCGGCCGCCCAGGCGCAGCCCGAGCCCACUCCAGAUCUUCCUCCGCGGACCCCGGUGGGCGGUGCCCGGGUCCAUUUACCCAACCCGGAAGACGCUAUCGAGGUCUUCGUCGAUGGCUACCCGGUCAAGAUUCCCAAGGGCUUCACUGUCUUGCAAGCCUGCGAGGUUGCCGGCGUUGACAUCCCACGCUUCUGCUACCAUAGCCGCCUUUCCAUUGCUGGUAACUGUCGGAUGUGCCUCGUCGAAGUCGAGAAGUCUCCCAAGCCUGUUGCCUCCUGCGCCAUGCCCGCCCUCCCUGGAAUGAAAAUAAAGACGGAUACUCCAAUAGCAAAGAAGGCUCGAGAAGGGGUGAUGGAGUUUUUACUGAUGAAUCACCCAUUAGAUUGUCCAAUUUGUGACCAGGGUGGAGAAUGUGACCUACAGGAUCAAUCCAUGGCAUUUGGAUCUGAUCGCGGUCGCUUCACUGAAAUGAAGAGAUCUGUUGUCGAUAAGAAUCUUGGUCCUUUGGUGAAGACUGUUAUGACUCGGUGUAUUCAAUGUACUAGAUGUGUCAGAUUUGCGACAGAGGUUGCCGGGGUUCAAGACCUUGGUAUGCUAGGUCGUGGAAGUGGAGAAGAAAUUGGGACAUAUGUUGAAAAACUCAUGACAAGUGAACUUUCUGGAAAUGUGAUAGAUAUAUGUCCUGUUGGUGCCCUGACCUCGAAGCCUUUUGCAUUUAAAGCCCGAAAUUGGGAGUUGAAAGGAACCGAGAGCAUUGAUGUUACUGAUGCUGUUGGCUCCAACAUACGAAUUGACAGUAGAGGUCCAGAGGUUAUGCGCAUUCUUCCAAGGUUGAAUGAGGACAUUAACGAAGAAUGGAUAUCAGACAAGACUCGUUUCUGUUAUGAUGGUUUGAAGAGGCAACGACUAAAUGACCCUAUGAUUCGUGAUGCUGAUGGGCGUUUUAGAGCUGUGAGCUGGGCUGAUGCCCUUUCUGUAGUUGCUGAAAUUGUCGAUCAAGUUAAACCAGAGGACAUUGUUGGGAUUGCUGGUCAGCUAUCUGAUGCUGAAUCCAUGAUGUCUUUAAAAGACUUUUUGAACCGAUUGGGAUCAAACAAUGUGUGGUGUGAAAAAAAUGGUUCAUAUGUCGAUGCUGAUCUUCGGUCUGGCUAUCUGAUGAAUACUAGCAUUUCUGAUCUUGAGAAGGGGGAUGCUUUUCUCUUAGUUGGUACACAGCCAAGGGUAGAGGCUGCUAUGGUAAAUGCUAGAAUUCGAAAAUCAGUUAGAGCAAAUCAUGCUAAAGUUGGUUAUAUUGGUCCUCAAGCCGAUUUCAACUAUGAUCACAAACAUCUUGGCACAGGUCCUCAGACACUAGUUGAAAUUGCCGAGGGUCGCCAUCCCUAUAGCUCAGUCCUCUCAAAUGCGAAGAACCCUGUCAUUAUUGUUGGUGCCGGGCUUUUUGAUAGGGCAGACAAGGAUGCGAUUUUUUCUGCUGUUGAAACCAUAUCAAAUAAUGCAAAAGUUAUCAGACCUGAUUGGAAUGGUUUCAAUGUUUUGCUUCUCAGUGCUGCCCAGGCUGCAGCACUUGACCUUGGUCUUGUGCCAGAGUCUGAAAACAGCAUUGAGACUUCAAAAUUUGUGUAUUUGAUGGGUGCUGAUGAUGUGAACUUGGACAAGAUUCCUAAGGAUGCCUUUGUAGUUUAUCAGGGACAUCAUGGGGACCGGGGUGUGUAUCGUGCUAAUGUAAUUUUGCCAGCAUCAGCAUUCAGUGAGAAGGAAGGUACAUAUGAAAAUACUGAAGGUUGCACUCAACAAACAUUACCUGCAGUUCCAACAGUUGGUGAUGCAAGAGAUGAUUGGAAGAUAAUCAGGGCCCUGUCUGAGGUGGUAGGGAUUCCAUUGCCAUAUGAUUCCCUUGCAGCAAUUCGAUCUCGUAUCAAGACUGUUGCACCGAACCUCUUGCAUGUGGACGAAAGAGAGCCAGCUUCAUUUUCACCUUUCUUGAAGCCUAAAUCUGCUCAGAAAUUAAGUUCGGAUCCAUUUGGAACUGCAGUUGAGAACUUUUAUAUGACUGAUCCGAUUACAAGAGCAUCAAAGAUAAUGGCACAAUGCAGUGCACUACUGUCGAAGAAGUGAGGUGAAUUUGUAUAAUUUUAAUAAAGUUGCAUAUUCACUUUUAUUUAAUUUCUCCCGUGAUCUUUUCUUUACGGCCGUCAAGGCUCGGUUUGGCCAGAGAUUCUGGAACCCUUGGAGGUACUUCCAAUAAAAUUAUUUAGCAUUUCUUUGACUGUAAUAUGUUUGCCAUGUAAAAACAUUUUUGCUGUAAAACUGUUUGCUUCUAUAUGUUGGGAUUUCCCAAUCUUCCGCUG